AUGGAUGCUACCAUGUCCGUUAUCAAGACGCUCAUUGUUCCCGCUGUAAUCUCCUUGAUACUCUUCAUCCUCCUCACAUACGUCCUCAUUCCCCUCUGGCGCCGAUAUGCCCGAUACAGCCAGUAUCUACCUCUCGACACACUCUCUUCCCAGACAUCGUCUCUGCGACAGCGCAUUACGUCCCGAAUAGCCACUUGGCGUUCCAAUCGCGCAGUCGCAUUCGCAUCCGAGGACGUCUCCGAUGAUGGGCUGGAAGACGAUGAUGGAGAGGAACUUGGGAGCGUCGACGAGGAUACGUGGCGCCAGAUGGAGGCUGAUACUCGUGCUGCACGGCCAGACAACGCCAGGCGAUUAAGUAGAGAUCUUGAAGAAGGUUUUAGGGACGAUAGCGACGAUGAGCCAGACCGGCUUGCAAGGAAUAAUUUUAGAUCAUAA